AUGUCAAUGAAGCGAAAACCUCCAAUGGCCCUGGCACGGCCGGUGGUCAAGCAGAGCGCAAAGAUGCCCAUCAAGCCGACCGUUGAUGAGGCGAUGGCCACAGUAUCGGCUGCCGGAUCAGCACAUCUGUCAGCAAAUAUGGGCGUAGAAACCAUCGAGAUAUCCAGCGACUCGAGCAGCAACUACGACGAGUUCUCAGAUGGAGAAGAGGCCCCGAGCGGGGGAGAAGACAACGACGGGGAACACACGGGGGCGGACAAGAACCACAUCCCCGGCCAGACAACCCCUCCACCGGACGACUCCACGCGCGCCGCUGCGUCCAGAAAACCCACCCGAAACGGCGCCGACGACGACACAGAGAUGAUGCAGGAAGACCGCCCAUCCGCCUCCGCCUCCGACGACGAGGCCACAUCCCCGACCUUCGGCGACCUCCUCCGCGGCAGCAGCAGCAGCAACAACAACAACAACAACAACAACAACAACACAACGACCACGGUCAACGCCCUCAUCCCGGGCACCUCCCGGGGCCCGCGCCCCGCCGCACCGCCGCCAACCCUCUCCUCGCUCGGCACGGUGCUGAACCAGGCCCUCCGCACCGACGACGCCGACCUCCUCGAGUCGUGCCUGCACACGACGGACCUCCCGACCGUGCGCGCCACCAUCGAGCGCAUGGACUCGGCCCUGGCGGGCGCCCUGCUCUCGCGCCUCGCCGCUCGCAUGCACCGCCGCCCCGCCCGCGCCCACAGCCUCAUGGGCUGGGUGCAGUGGACCCUCGUCGCCCACGGCGGCGCCCUCGCCUCCCAGCCGGACCUCGUCCGCCGCCUCGCCGAGCUGGCCCGCGUCCUCGACGAGCGCGCCCGCGCACUCCCCAGCCUGCUCGCCCUCAAGGGGAGGCUGGACAUGCUCGACUCGCAGAUGUCGCUACGCAGGGAUAACCUGGCCGGCAGCAUUAGCGGCGGUAGCGGCGACGAGGACGAGGACGAGGACGAGGAGGACGAGGAAGGGGUCGUCUACGUCGAAGGGGAGGACGAGACGACGGCGAACGGCAGCGCGUCCCGGGCCCGGGCCGUCGAGGACGACGAGAUGGUUCUGGCCAACGGGAUCGGCGGGGAGACGGACGACGACUCGGACGACGAGGGCUCCCUGGGCGACAUGGACAUCGACGAUGACGAGGUCGCCUCGCAGGAGUCGCUGGACGAGAGCGAGGUGGACUUUGACGACGCCGACGAGUCCGGCGACGAGGACGAGGACGAGACUGACGGAGAUGUCGCCGCGCCUCCGGCUAAGAUGCAGAAGGUCGGGCCUCGGGCUGUGCGGAAGUAG